AGUAGUAGCUAGGCCAGACUUAACAUGUCAGGCUUUGAGGAAGAGAAGUCAAGGGCCAUAUCCCGGUCACAUCAGUAUUGCAAGGUGACGAAGCCACUGCUAGAGCGGAAGCGAAGAGCGCGGAUUAACCAUUGUGUGGAUGAUCUGAAAAGCUUGCUUAAGGAGGUUAUACAGAUGGACGUCGAUUCACUGGCCAAACUGGAGAAGGCCGAUGUCCUGGAACUUACAGUUCACCACCUAAACAGCCUACACACACUUCCUACAACUACGCCCAUCAUUCCAUCUACCUCCCAUCAAUUCAAAAUGCAACCCUAUUGGUGGGGUUUCCGUCAGUGCGCUCUAGAAGUAACCCAUUUUCUGCAACGCAACGAUUGCCAGCUCAACUUCAGAUUUGUAGAAGAGUUCGAGCAGCAGCUAGAGCCACCCACCAAGCCAAUCCUCUGGAGACCUUGGAUGGGGGUAUAGCAUCCUUGGGAGUAUCUUUACA